AUGAAGUCUGUUGUGAAGAAUCAUGCAAAAAGGAUAAAGACUUUGGUUGAAGAUGUGGAUGAUAAUGCUAAACUCUUCGAGCAACUCUCUGCAGAGCUUUCUGAAGUGAAUGUGAAGUACGCAAACAUGAAUGAAACAAAUCAAACACUGCAUCAAAUGUUAGAUGAACUUCAUGAAGCAUCUUCGAAUGAAAUCAAAGUGUUGAAGCUGGAGAUUGAAGCACUAAGGGCUGAUAAGGCAGUGAAAGACGAACAACUUAACAUGUUAUACAUUGUGAUGGAACAUCAUCUAGGUAUCAACGUUCAAGCUAUAUAUAAUGACCUAGAGAUCCAAAGAGUUGAAGAACGAAGAGCUCAGAGGGAGAAAGAGUUGCCUGAGGCAGCAACUCAAAAGAAAAAAGACUUAAUUGUUGAGACUCAAGAAGCUGGAGGUUCUUCGAGUCAGCCUGAAGGUGACGUUGAAAUGGUAGAUGCUGUGAAUGUUGAAGAGGAGCAUAUGGAAGUUGAUCAAGAUCAAGGUUUUGUUCUAGUUGGUGAUUCAGCCCCUCUAUCUUACAAUUUUGAUGAUAUUAUUCGUUUAGUGAAAGUAGAACAACGAAAACGGAAGGCGAGAGAACCUGAAGUGAAGUUGUUAUGUUAUAAAGAAGAAGAGGAAGAAGAGAAGUUGGAUGAUAAGGAGUUGGAUGAAUUGUUUGAAGAUAUCGAUAACUAUCCUAAAGGUAAUGAUGACGAUGAUGAUCAAGGGUCAACAGGAAUGCUGAUCGUUGGAUGA